AUGCCCUUGUUGCCAGUCUGUCACUUCCCUGUUGAUCGGCCUUACGAAGAGCAUCCUGGCUCUAUACCAUUCCUAAACAUGGGACCCGGCAUCACUUCCAUUUUCGUCCUAUCUCUGCUUACUGCAACAACCUGGGCGCAAUCACUGAGCCCCGAAGCUAUCGAGGCCGCUCUCGCCCUCCCAGAAUGUGUCACAAAAUGUGGCAUUGAGAUUCUGCCAAAGUUCAAUUGCACAAUAGGAACCGACUGUUACUGUUCUCGAAAGGGGCCAAUCGAGGAUGCAAUCGCAUCCUGCGUUAUUGGAGGAUGUCCGUCUCUGGGUGACGCUCUAGCAGGUCUCAAAUUCCAGGCUCUGACAUGYGGAUACCGAACGGAUCGUAACAUUGGACCACUCACCUCUGGAAUCGCGUACGUUCUAUUCGGAUUGGCAUCUCUGUUUAUGAUUGCCCGCUUUCUCUCUCGUUGGCCUCGGUUGAGAGGUGCUGGACUGAGUUGGGACGAUGGCGUUGUGUUGAUGUGCUACGUUCCAGUGGUUGGCGUGACGGUCUGCUGCGCUAUGUUACAAACCUUUGGAGCUGGAAAGGACAUGUGGACGUCAGACAUUCACUCCGUUCUUCACUACGCGAAGUGGUUCUACGCAAGUCAGCCAUUCUACAUCUUUGCAGUCUUCAGCACGAAGCUCUCUCUGAUCCUCCUCUACCUCCGUAUUUGGCCGCGAAGGCGUGGCGAUGUGUGGACAUUUUUCCAUGCCAUGUGCUACAUCAUGAUCUUCGUGCUCAUGGGGACUGCAAUUGGUGCUACACUGGCCAUGAUCUUCUCCUGCCAUCCCAUCUCGAAUGCCUGGAGGUACGCCAACCGCGCAAUGGGAACUUGCACCGAUCGUGUGGCUGGUGCUUACGUCUACGGCGCGUUGAACAUCGUCUACGACUUGAUUGUGAUUGCUCUGCCUAUCCCCGGAUUGCUCCGGCUGAAGGUAUCAACAGGGCAGAAGAUUGGGAUUAUGUGUUGCUUCCUGGUCGGGCUCGUCGCUACAGCCUGCAGUAUCAUUCGUAUGACUGAGCUCCAGGGUAUUACAACUGCCCGAAACAUCACAUGGGACUUCACUGCCGCUGGCUUCUGGAGCUUGGUAGAGGUGUACGUGAGCAUGAUAUGCUGUUGCAUGCCAGCCAUGGCUGGUCUCCUCAAACGAUGCUGGUACCGCGCCCAACACCGCGAUUCAAUGGGCGCCUUCCGAACAGUCAAUUCCCCGAGCUUCGACAUGGUCAACUCGGGCAAAUCACAAGUGGACAGUACAUGGACCAUGGAUGAACUCGAUUCUCCCGGGGGAAUCGCGGCCAUGCCUGCUAUUGAACCGCUGCAAGAAGUGCAACAAGUACACACAAAAGCUUGA